CUUCAGACCCUCUCAUUCUGUCUCUUCAAUGGCAUGACUCCCUCACUCUUCUCGCUCACAAAACCCCUGAAACCGAACCUCCAUGUCUCUUUCUUCGACAAUCCGUUUAUCCUAUCUCUUCCUCGGCCACAAUGCUACUCGUACUCGCUCCCUCCCUCUCGGCCCGACCAGCUUCCUUAGUCUUCGUCAGGGCCUCUCGGGGCUCCGUUUCUGCUCUGCCAUUCCCCCGCGAAAAUCUCCAAAGCCAGUCAAGGCCCGGCGCAGAGCGGAGGAGACGGACGGGGAAGAGCAGGGAGGAAACGGCAGUCUCUUGGUGAAGGAGUCGGAUGGGAGAGAUGGGCGUGUUGUACCCACGGAGUUGCACAAGGAGGCCACCGAGGCCUACAUGUCUUACGCAAUGUCUGUGUUGCUUGGACGGGCGCUGCCGGAUGUACGGGAUGGGUUGAAGCCUGUGCACCGGCGGAUUCUAUUUGCAAUGCAUGAAUUGGGCCUUGCAUCAAGAAAACCAUUCAAGAAAUGUGCUAGAGUUGUUGGGGAGGUUUUGGGCAAAUUCCAUCCACAUGGAGACACGGCGGUCUAUGAUUCUUUGGUGCGAAUGUCUCAGGAUUUCUCCUUAAGAUUCCCACUUAUCCAAGGACAUGGGAAUUUCGGUUCACUUGAUGGAGACCCUGCUGCCGCCAUGCGUUACACAGAGUGUAGGCUAGAGGCGCUCUCAGAAGCAAUGCUAUUGGCUGAUCUCGAACUAGAUACGGUUGAUUUUGCUCCUAAUUUUGAUAAUUCACAAAAGGAACCUUCGCUUCUGCCUGCUCGACUUCCAAAUUUACUGUUGAAUGGUUCUGCUGGGAUAGCGGUUGGCAUGGCAACAAACAUUCCUCCUCACAAUCUUGGAGAGUUGGUGGAUGUGCUUUGCGUAUUGAUUCAUAACCCAGAAGCAACUUUGCAAGAAUUAUUGGAAUAUAUGCCUGGGCCUGACUUUCCAACUGGAGGAAUAAUUAUGGGAAAUCUUGGGAUUUUGGAGGCAUAUCGAACUGGGAGAGGACGUAUCAUUGUCAGAGGGAAGACCGAUCUUGAAUUGCUUGAUUCUAAAACAAAACGGACUGCAGUUAUCAUAAAAGAGAUUCCAUACCAAACGAACAAAUCCUCGCUUGUGGAGAAAAUCGCUGAACUUGUUGAAAAUAAGAGCUUAGACGGCAUUAGUGACAUUCGCGAUGAGAGUGAUCGUUCUGGAAUGCGUAUUGUCAUCGAGCUGAAGAGGGGUGCAGACCCAUCAAUCAUUUUAAAUAAUCUUUAUCGUCUUACUGCUCUCCAGUCUAGUUUUAGCUGCAACAUGGUUGGUAUUCUUGAUGGGCAACCUAAACAGAUGGGUCUAAAAGAAUUGCUUCAGGCAUUCUUAGACUUCAGAUGCUCUGUCGUUGAAAGACGUGCAAGUUUCAAGCUUUCACAAGCACAACAAAGAAGACAUAUCGUUGAGGGUAUUGUGGUGGGGCUAGAUAAUUUGGAUGAAGUUAUUCGAGUGAUUAGGGAAGCUGCAAGCAAUUCAGCUGCUUCUGCUGGUUUAAUGAGUGAAUUCAAUCUUUCUGAGAAACAAGCUGAUGCUAUAUUGGACAUAAAUCUGAGAAGACUUACACUACUCGAGGGAAAGAAAUUUGUCGAUGAAAGUAAAUCCUUGGCAGAACAAAUUUCAAAGUUAGAAGAACUAUUAUCAAGCAGGAAACACAUAUUACAGUUAAUAGAACAAGAAGCAAAUGAGCUCAAGAGUAAGUUCUCAAGUCCAAGGCGAUCAGCACUGGAAGACUCUGAUGGUGGUCAAGUCGAGGACAUAGAUGUUAUUCCAAAUGACGAAAUAUUACUGGCGAUUAGCGAAAAGGGUUAUGUUAAACGAAUGAAACCUAACACCUUUAAUCUUCAACAUCGCGGAACAAUUGGUAAAUCAGUUGGAAAACUGAGAGUCAAUGAUGCGAUGUCUGACUUUAUUGUUUGCCAUGCCCAUGACUAUGUGCUGUAUUUCAGUGAUCGAGGAACAGUAUACUCAGCUCGUGCAUAUAAAAUACAAGAAUGUACCCGAACUGCUACUGGCACUCCACUAGUCCAGAUCUUAUCGUUAUCUGAUGGUGAGAGGAUAACCUCUAUUAUCCCUGUGAGUGAGUUUGCCGGAGAUCAAUAUCUUGUAAUGCUUACUGUCAAUGGCUACAUCAAGAAAGUACCUCUGUCUCUGUUUUCAGCAAUACGGUCAACAGGAAUCAUAGCUAUCCAAUUGGUCCCCGGCGAUGAGCUAAAAUGGGUUCGCUGUUGCUCAAAUGAUGACCUUGUAGCAAUGGCUUCACAAAAUGGAAUGGUCACUCUUAGUUCCUGUGAAAAUAUUCGAGCACAAGGCAGAAAUACAAGAGGUGCAGUGGCCAUGAGAUUAAAAAAUGGGGAUAUGGUGGCUAGCAUGGACAUAAUACCAGCGAACAUUUGUAAAGUCAAGGAGAGAGAGUCAGAAGAUCCCGAGAGCAUUGGCAAAGGCUUAGGUCCGUGGUUGUUGUUUGUGUCUGAGAAUGGUUACGGAAAGCGAGUUCCUUUGAGCAGCUUUCGAUUGUCACCCUUAAACAGAGUUGGGUUAAUAGGUUACAAGUUUUCCUCGGAGGAUCGCUUGGCAGCAGUGUUCGUGGUUGGUUUUUCACUAGCUGAAGAUGGCGAAAAUGAUGAGCAAGUGGUCCUUGUAAGCCAGAGUGGGACUGUCAAUAGAAUUAAAGUGCGGGAUAUUUCAAUACAGUCACGUUAUGCAAGGGGAGUUAUAUUAAUGCGGCUUGAGCAUGCUGGAAAAAUUCAAUCGGCAUCCUUGAUCUCUGCCACUGAGCCUGAGCCUGAGCUUGAGGAAUUAGUCGCCAAUGAAUAGCGUCCACCGGAGCUGUGAAAACUGAAGGCAACUGCAACCCUUUCUACGGCGCAAGUAAUUUUGAAGUAUGUGCAUUUGUAUAAUAUUUCUUGUACAAAAUAGCAUGGGUUCAGUUAUUCCUGAAUAUUAGUGUAUCUAUCCCAUCUGAGACUUUUUGAACUUGAGUGAAGCUUAGCUCCUUUUCAACCAUGCUAAGCUGGCACUUUCUAGUUUGGUGCUGGCAUUUUUAAAUGAUAGUCUCACACUAGCUUA